CCCGCUGCGCCGGAAAAACGGAUGCAUCGCUCAGCGUUAUGACUAAACGCCCAUUCAGCGCGCGCAACACAUGCUUUAGUCUAAAACAGAAAAAUUCACCUUGCGUCGUCUUAAAAAAGGAUCACACUGUGUGCGCACUUAUAAUCGCCGCAAACCGACGCGAACGCAUAAAUACACACUAUCCAAUCGAAGAUGAAGCAAUCGCCCUUUUACUUGCUCCUUCUGUGCUUCCUAUCCGUCGCGAAAACGGACGAUGAUGCAUACGUAGAAUUGGACGAAUACGAAGUGAAAAAUAAAUUCAGCGUCCGUGUCUUGCGGGGGUCUUCUCUGCGGUGCGGCCUGGACCUUCGGGAUGAGGCCGACAUUGAAAUGAGGACUUUCUCCCCGGGGGUGCAUAUAAUGCCUCACAUACUAUCGGACUACCAAUUUGGCUACGCCCAGCAGAAAAUUAUAGUCGGCGAACACAACGUCACUCCCUUAAAUGCGGGACUGCGAGGAAUGUGCGUUGGCGAGCUAAGGCGAAUUGGCAUCCCCGUUGGUGGCAUCGGCAAGGUGUACUAUGAAAUUACCUUGAAGGACUACACAAAGGGAACCCCCCCAAGAGAAGAGCUGUAGAUUCGGUGGCGCUUCCUUUGCAAAUAUGCAGUUGGUGUGCCGCAAGUCAGCUGUACAUCCAUGUUUUCAUGUGUAAUGCGUCUGCGCGGGGAGGAAAUCCCAAGCUCCUCCAGUGCUCAGUGAGUCCCACCUUCACGCAUAUAACUACUUAUGCAUGUGUAUGUUCUCCCCCGCUAACACGUUAAACGCGUC